CCAGAGCUGCUGGUGGGGGACACGGGGGUCCCACCAAACCCACGUGAUCCCCCCGACACUCCCCACAUCCCCUCUUCCCCCACGGGCCCCCCAAGCGACCCCCCUGUGGCCAUCACCGAUUUCUCCCCAGAAUGGUCGUACCCAGAGGGCGGGGUGAAGGUGCUGAUCACAGGCCCAUGGCGGGACACUGGUGCCUACUCCUGUCUCUUCGACCGCACCUCGGUUCCGGCCGCGCUGGUCCAGCCGGGUGUCCUGCGCUGCUACUGCCCCCCCCAUGAGGCUGGAGUGGCCGCCCUGCGCGUGGCCUGUCCCCCUCGGCUGCUCUCGGCUGCGGCCCCAUUCGAGUACCGGGCACGGGGGGCAGCACGGGGCCCCCCCGGGGCGCAGCUGGAUUGGCUGGCACUGGAUGAGGCGCAGUUCCGUCUGUCCAUCUUGGAGCGCCUGGAGCAGCUGGAGACACGUCUGGGGGCCCUGCCUCCCCCCGCACCCCUUCUGCCCCCGCGGGGAGCCCCUUCCGAGCCCCACCCUGAGCAGGGGCCAGGGUCAUCCUUUGAGGCACGGGUGGUGGCCAUCUGCGAGGCCAUGAUGGCACGGCCAGGCUGGCCGGGGACAUCGCUGGGGACAUCGGGGACCUCGAUGCUGGCGCACGGGGUGACGUUCCGUGGCAUGACACUGCUGCACCUGGCGGCUGCCCAGGGCUAUGCCAGCCUGGUGGAGGCUCUUCGGCGCUGGCGGGCACUGGCAGUUGACAGCGAGAUCGACCCCCUCAAUGUGGACCAUUUCUCCUGCACCCCCCUGAUGUGGGCGUGUGCCCUGGGGCACCGGGAGGCAGCGGAGCGGCUGUGCCGCUGGGACCGGCGGGCGCUGGCCGUCCCCGACACCCUGGGGCGGCUGCCGCUGGCCCUGGCACGUGCCCGGGGCCACCUGGCCCUGGUCACCCGCCUCGAGGAGCUGCAGGUGUCACCCGUGUCCCCGCGCUGUCACCUGUCUGGCCUGCGCAUCCCUUCCCCACUCUCUGCCAGCCCCGACACAGGGCUGAGCACAGCUAGCAGCCUGUCGUCCCCAUCGGGGCUCUCGGAGGGUCCUGGUUCCGUCCCACUGCCCCCUGGCCCCCCUGGUCCCUCUGAGGAUGAGAGCUGGGGGGUGGCAGUGCCCCCCAGCCCCCCUGAGGAUACCCUGGCCCUACCCUCUGACGCCCUGCAGGCCGAGGUGGUGACGCUGGCACGACAGAUCAUUGAGGCAACCCCUGAACGCAUCAAGCAGGAGGCACCAGGGGGGCCACCAGGGGCACUGGGAGCAGCAGGGGGGACCCUGGGGACGACGGGGACACCGGGGCCAGCUGGGCCAGCAGGACUUGGUGCCGCCAUGGCCUGGCUGGCCACGUACCUGGAGAGCGUUGACCGUCCCUCCGCACCUCCCCACAGAGCGGAGGUGGCCUCACGGGGGUCCCCGGGGGUCCCCGAGCGGCCGCCCCCCCCUUCAGCCACGGGCUGGGCUGAGUUCCUGAAUGCGUCAGGGGGAGCGCGGGGCGAGGGGGGGGCCGUGGCCCUGCUGACCCUCAGUGACCAGGAGCAGCACGAGCUCUACGAGGCCGCGCGCCUUGUCCAGGGCGCUUUCCGCAAGUACCGGGGCCGGAGGCUGAAAGAGCAGCAGGAGCUGGCUGCCGCCGUCAUCCAGCGUUGCUACCGCAAGUACAAGCAGCUGACCUGGAUCGCUCUGAAGUUCGCCCUGUUCCAGCGGAUGACGCAGGCCGCCAUCCUGAUCCAGAGCAAGUUCCGGAGCUAUGCUGAGCAGAAGCGAUUCCAGCGGCGCCGGCGCGCAGCCGUGCUCAUCCAGCAGCGCUUCCGUAGCCUCCGCCAGCACCGGAGCACCUUCCUCACCCUCAAGCAGGACCAGGCAGCCCGGAAGAUCAUGAGGUUCCUGCGGCGCUGCCGCCACCGGAUGGAGGAGCUAAAGCAGAACAAGGAGGUGGACAGUUUACAGACGCGGGGUCUGGCCUCGUGACCCCCUCCACUGGGGAUCCAGGCACUGGGGGGGCUCCUCUCCCCCCCACGGGGGACCCAGGCAUGGCGGGGGGAAGCUCCCCUUCCUGUCCCCUCCCAGUCGUUUUUGUGUGUCUGGGUGUCCCCGGAGGGCUCGUGGGGAGGGGAAGAAGGGGAAGAGCCACCC